UACUGUCUUGAAAGCGAUUUAUGCAUUUUCAUAAUAAACAUACGCAAUUAAUAGAGCAGAUGAAGUAAUGUAAACAUAGGAGUGAAAAUCGUUUGGAUUAGGAACGCUCGCUGUGGAUCAAUAUGAAAAAAUAAUUUGCUUAUUUAGCCGUGGUUGGAGAUACCUGCAAAAAAAUGAGAACUACUGCGCUUUGGAUAUUGUUAAUUAUUCUAUUUAAUUAACAACACUAUGCGUAUAUAAGUGAGAGAAGUCGGAAGUCGUAUUACACUUUCAACUAUGGUGGAUAAUGAUGCCACCAAUACACAGUUAUGGGACGCUCUUAAUAACGGUGAAACUGGGGAGGUCGUAACACUAUUACGUGGCAAUGUCGUCGACAUUGAUUAUCGUGACGUCACACACGACCUUCAGACGUUUUUAAUGAGGGUCUGUUACGUCAAUAUAGAGACAGAAGAAUUGCUGGAUAUUUUGGAAGCUAUUUUUGAUCAUAGCCCGGAUGUUAAUAUAAAAGACUCAUGGGGCCGGACAGUUCUUAUGCACGCAUGUAUUGCUAACAAACCAGUAAUCAUUGAAGGACUUUUAGAAUACGAAUAUACGGACGUCGGACUGGUUGACUUUGAAGGAAAUUCAGUGUUGUCGUUCGCGGUACAAAACUGUGACGUCUUCACCUUGGAGGAUAUUCUCCAACAUCGAAGCGGUCCGAAAUUACUUUCCAUACAUAACUUUAAAGGCCAGUCGCCGUAUACAAUUGCACAGAAAAGUGGCGAUAAAACAGUGAUCAAGCUCUUUGACUCAUAUCUCAACAAAACUAUUGGUCUAGAGAAGAAAAAGAAACGGAAACCUAGGAAUCGUGACGUAAUUAAACUUCCGCCCACUUACUCACCUUCACCAGAACGAAGUGCAAGGAGACCCUCUCCUAAACACGAAGUGCAAUAUAAUUCAAACGUUCAGUGCAAUUACGAACGGCUUCAUAGCACAAGAAAUGAACUCAAAUUAGAUAUAGAUGCGACCAAAAGCAUUUUAACUUCUGAAAAUGAUGUUAGAGACAAAUGCGAAUCUGCGCCUGUUCUCCGUGGAGAAAGAAUAUGUAGGGACGAAGUAGUGUCGUCAUUGUCACUGUCAUCACCUAAACUAGCUCGCAGACAUCAUAAACAAGACUGUUUGCUACAAGAAACUUUAUUACUCAAUCAGUCGCGCAAUUUUCCUCAAGUGAAAUCAGAAAACAAACUCACAAGCAAAACUGAAAAUAAACUUGAUCUUCCGGAAUAUAGUUUGCGGAAACAGAGACGCCCGUCCAUUUCACUUCCGGACUUGCGCAGUGUGUCGGGAUUUCUUGUGAAUUCAGGGAGCAGCACGCCGACAACAGAAGGAGGCGAUAUUUCUAAAAGGAGCACUCCGACAAAAGAUGACGAUAACGUAAGUGAUGAUGAUGAUGAUGAUGAUGUCUUUUCACGCAGUUGUCCGAGUUCUAGAUUGAAAUCUAAACCGAUAUUCAAGCGUCAGAUCAGUGAAAGGCAAGUGAUUCUUCCGGAUAUUAACAAAGGGAACACAACUCUUUCAUCGUCUGCAAAUUUUAGUAAAGGGAUUACUUCCCGUACAAGGCAAAGGAAAUACUCAAACAGCGACGACCAACUAAAUCGGACACUCUUGAAAAAUUAAAGAAAAAACAACAGUAUGUCAUGGGAAAAAUAAUCGUAGUCUUAAUUCAAGUAUAUGAUGAUUGUGCAACAAAUCAAAAGCGUCAGACUGUUUUCGCAAAUGAGAUAUUCCGAGUCGACAAUCGUUUCAAAGUACAAAAUGUAUAAAAUUAAUAUGAAUAAAAAAUUAAGAUAGGUA